AACAACCUGCCAGGAUUUUGCUCAACAUUGUUUCUCAUUUUGAUGAACUUGUUUCAAACAUAUUAUUUCCCGAAAAGCUACGGGGAAAAACAAUAUUUCAGACAGAAGAUUUGUGCUGACAAGUUACUCAGCCUUCUAACGAAAACGAAACCACAAACAAACAGAGUCUGGCGAUUUAACCCAACUUCACCAUGGCUCGAAAUGCAGAGAAGGCUAUGACAACGCUGGCCCGCUGGCGGGCAGCACAAGUUGGAGAUGAUCCCAAGAUUCAAGAAAGGAGACCAUAUCUCGCAUCUGAAUGUAAUGACUUGGCGAAGGCAGAGAAAUGGCGAAUGCAAAUCAUCAGAGAAAUUGCCAAAAAAGUAGCUCAGAUUCAAAAUGCUGGUCUUGGAGAAUUUCGUAUAAGAGAUUUAAACGAUGAAAUCAACAAAUUAUUAAGAGAAAAAGGUCAUUGGGAAGUACAGAUUAAAGACCUUGGUGGUCCAGACUACAGAAGAGUUGGUCCUCGUAUGUUAGAUCAUGAAGGGAAAGAAGUGCCUGGAAAUAGAGGGUACAAGUAUUUUGGCGCUGCUAAGGAACUACCAGGUGUUAGGGAGUUAUUUGAACAAGAACCACCUGCUCCUCCUCGCAAAACUCGUGGUGAAAUGAUGAAAGACAUAGAUGCAGAUUACUAUGGCUACAGAGACGAUGAUGAUGGUCUCCUCCUGCCUCUUGAGGAGGUUGCAGAAAAGAAAGCGUUGGAGAAAGCUGUUAGUGAAUGGAAAGCAAAGAAAGAAGAGUCAAUGGAAGGGGAAAGUAGUAAAGCAGAAGAUGAACCAGAAGAAAAUAUUUAUGCUGUUGGCCCUGAAAGUGAUUCCUCAGAUGAAGAGGAGUCUGAAAAUAGGGAAGAUCGACCUCAUCAGCCGAGGUUUAUUGCACAUGUUCCUGUGCCGACUCAGAAAGAAGUAGAACAAGCUCUUCUAGAAAGAAGAAAGCAAGAACUCAUAGAAAAGUAUGCAAGUGAAGGCCUUGUCAAGCAGACAAAAGAAGCAAGUGAAAUGUUGGGGAUGUGAAUAAUUUGUUUUAUUGAAACAUUCUGGAUUUGAGGACAGAUACAUUGAAUGAAAUAUGGUAUUUCCUAUGCCAUAUUAAGCAUGGGUGUUUCCCAGUUUUAAAAUGCAUUGUACAGGAUUAGGAUAAGAAUUAAAAAAUGUCAGAAGUA